AUGAAUAUCAAUAUAUACAAUUCUUCAAGUUUUAUAGAUCUUAUUCCAAAUGCAUUCAACUAAAAACAUACUGUAUCCUCAUUUAAUAAAAUUAAACCCAAAAAACUCAACAAACAGAUUUAAUCAACUUCUGAUUUCGCUUCUUCAUCUUGUUUACAAAUGCUGACAAGUGCAAGCUCCAAUCGCAAAACUUUCAAAUAAAACACUGACAUGUAUAAAUUAGGCUAAUAAUUUUUAUAACACAAAAAGGAAAAACAACAACAAUUACUUCAUUAAAUGGAAGCCAAAUUAUAACAGUCAUGUCCAUUUUAACCUUAGAUCACAUACAAUUCUCGAACCAUUGCUUCUGUAUCCAAAAAUACUCUUAGUAGAUAAAGAUAAUGUUCUGAAUUAAUUGAUUCUUAAUCAAUCAAGUUACAAAAAGAUCUGGAAGAAUGCACUUUUUCACCUUAAAUUUUAAGAAGAAAUAUAGAUAUUUUUGAUCGAUCAUCACCUUUUUAUUUCAGAUAAAUUGAUUGGAAAUUAAAUCUUUAAGAGAAAUUACAGGCAACUAGAUCUUAAAAUUAAACCGAAUUAAUUAUUUCGUAAAAUUUGCAAACUCAUCCUAAAGAAUUAGAUUUAAGGGCUAAUCAUGCUUUAAAGAAAAAUAUUGCAGCAAAAUAUCUUAGAUAAUCACUGAAUGAAUGAG